AGGGUUUUUUUAUUGAUCGUCAAAGGUCAUUUAAAGAUUUGUCAUUGCCAUAGUAAACAAAAUAUUUAAAAACAUCGCUUAGUUCCGUCCAGUUCAGUUCAUGUAGUCGAAAGUAGUAAAUGACGUUUAGUUCUACGAGAUACGAGUAGCUGAUAACAAAAUUUAAUCAUUGUACAUUGAACUGAUAAGACUUGUAGCUUUAGUAAAGUUUGUAAAAAUGUUACAGAUCCAAGUAUUAUUGAGUAUGUUUGUAUUCUCGUCUGCGUCAAGUGCCACAUCAGACUUUCGGAAUCCCAUUGAUUCCGUGGAAAAUUCUAUCGGAAUUAGCACUGAAACGCUCAUAAAAACUGUAGUUGAUAUGGCAAACAAAAUUAAAACUCUGGAAGCCAAAGUUGAAAAGCUUGAACGCCUGGAAGAUAAGAUGAUGUCGCUGGAGGAAACGCUGCUGCUGAAAAAUGAGAAAAUCGCCAAAAUGGAACGUGUGAUGGAAACGUUAGUCACUAAGAGAAACAAUUCGGGAAGCAAAAGCUCUACAGGACCAGUUGUCACUUCAAAAGAUAAACAGUCGCUCUCAAGUCACAUUAACAGAGGUAUACGACAGGUAGAAAAUGUAGCUUUCUCGGCUGUUUUAACGAACUCUCUUCAACACCUUGGAGACAAACAAGCUAUCAAGUUUAACAAGAUCCUCGUGAAUGACGGAAAUGGUUAUGAACCAAACACAGGAGCCUUUACUGCUCCAAUGGCCGGUACAUACCUGUUCAUCUAUAACUUUGGACACCACGGCACUGGCGAAACAUGGCUUGAACUCGUGAAGAAUGGUGCUGCCCAGAACGGCGUUGCUGUUGAGGGCCAUUUUGGUAGCCAGAAUCUACAGGGCGGAAACGCAGCCAAUAUACGUCUCGACCUAGGGGAUACAGUAUGGGUGGAAACGUACCAAGUGUCUGACGUGACCGUCCAAAACUCAUUCACAACAUUUUCUGGAGUUUUUCUCUACUGAAUACAAAUGGUUUCAUGUAUAAAAUGGAGUUCAUAAAAUUGUCCAACAGCA